AAUGGAGAUUGUACUUUUGUUGGUUGUAUAUCUUGCGUAUGGCUUUAGCACAGGUGCUUUAUCGUACAUUCUUCUCACGAUUAGCAGCUGAAUGGAGAUUGUACUUUUGUUGGUUGUAUAUCUUGCAUAUGGCUUUAGCACAGGUGCUUUAUCGUACAUUCUUCUCACGAUUAGCAGCUGGUUCUUGGCUAUUUCUUGGCUUUUUGCACCAUAUUUGUUUAAUCCAUCUGGCUUUGAGUGGCAAAAGACGGUGGAGGACUUCAGAGAUUGGACAAACUGGCUUCUGUAUAGAGGUGGAAUUGGAGUUAAAGGAGAAGAAAGUUGGGAGGCUUGGUGGGAUGAGGAGCUGGCUCAUAUUCGAACAUUAGGGGGGAGGCUGAUGGAGACCAUUCUUAGUUUAAGGUUUUUUAUAUUUCAAUAUGGCACUGUAUACAAGCUACAUUUACAGGGAGAUAAUACAUCUCUGACGGUUUAUGGAUUUUCAUGGAUUGUAUUUGCGGUGCUUUUGAUCCUCUUCAAGGUGUUCACAUUCAGCCAGAAAAUAUCAGUUAAUUUCCAGUUGUUG